ACUCAUUCACCCGAUCACCGGAAUACCACCUUAUCCUCUUUCAACACUCCCUCUGGGCUGCUAAUUGCCCCCUUCCCUUCUCUGUGUCUCUCUUCUCCUACACACACACACGCAAACCAUGUAAUCAUAACAAUUUAUUGAACUUUCUUGAGCCAAUCUUCAAUCUUUUUGGCUUUGAAUUUUGAAAUAUGGACUCGCCGGGGUCCGAUUCAGCGGCGCGGUCUUCGGUGAUCGAUUCACUGAAGGGUUGCACAUUGGCGGGGGUUCGAAUUCCGAAGGAGGAAUUGAGGAAGACGAUCACUGUGCCGGAGUAUUUGAGGUUGGCAAUGAAAGAUGCGAUUGAGGCCAAGAACGUUAGUGGUGGAAAAAGACAUUUUGAGGCGACUCAUGUGGAAGGGUCCGAACCGUUGGAACCAGCCGAGGCCCCAUUGGUGGUGUUUGUUAAUUCGAAGAGUGGUGGACGGCAUGGGCCGGAGCUCAAAGCUAGGUUGCAGGAUUUGAUGGGUGAAGAACAGGUUUUUGACCUUUCAGUUGUGAAGCCUCACGAAUUUGUUGAGUAUGGAUUGGGUUGCCUGGAGAAGUUUGCUAGUCUUGGGGAUAGCUGUGCCAAAGAGACUCGAGAAAAGCUGAGGGUUGUGGUUGCUGGAGGUGAUGGUACAGUGGGAUGGGCCCUAGGGUGUCUUGGAAAGCUUCAUGAACAAGACCGGCAACCCAUUCCACCGACAGCAAUUAUUCCACUUGGUACUGGAAAUGACUUGUCCAGGAGUUUUGGUUGGGGUGGCUCAUUUCCUUUUAACUGGAAAUCAGCUAUCAAAAGAACUCUUGACAGGGCUAGCAAUGGUCCAACGUGUCAUUUGGAUAGUUGGAAUCUUCUAAUAUCAAUGCCAGCUGGGGAGAAAAUGGAGACACCACAUUCUCUGAAGCCGACGGAAGAAGUUUCCCUAGACCAGGGAUUGGAAAUCGAAGGGGAGUUGCCUGAGAAAGUGUGCUGCUAUGACGGAGUGUUCUACAAUUACUUUAGCAUAGGAAUGGAUGCACAAGUUGCUUAUGGUUUUCACCAUUUACGCAAUGAAAAACCUUACCUUGCACAAGGUCCUAUUUCAAAUAAGAUCAUUUACUCUGGAUACAGUUGCAAACAAGGUUGGUUCUUCACACCUUGUAUCACUGAUCCAAAUUUAAGGGGACUAAAUAACAUUGUAAGGAUGCACAUUAAAAAGUUUAAUUGCUCAGAAUGGGAGCAGAUUCCCAUCCCUUCAAGUGUUAGGUCUCUAGUUGCUUUAAAUCUUCAUAACUAUGGAAGUGGAAGAAAUCCUUGGGGAAAUUUGAAGCCAGACUAUUUGGAAAAGAGGGGCUUUGUUGAGGCCCAAGCUGAUGAUGGCCUCUUAGAAAUUUUUGGCCUAAAACAUGGAUGGCAUGCUUCAUUUGUUAUGGCUGAACUUAUAUCUGCCAAACACAUUGCUCAGGCUGCAGCACUUAGAUUGGAGCUCCGAGGUGGAGAGUGGAAAGAAGCUUUUAUGCAGAUGGAUGGGGAGCCAUGGAAACUGCCAAUGAGCAAGGAUUAUACAACAGUCGUUGAAAUUAAGCGGGUACCAUUCCAGUCGGUUAUGAUCAGUGGAGAGUAACUUCAACGGCUUUCCUCAACUCAGCUAUAGAUUCCUACACUAUUUGGUUAAUGCUCUCUGGCAAUCCAUGUAAAAAAACAAUUUGUCUCCUGAGGGCUUCCAAUUAUGUUCAUAUUGAUGUGGCUAGACAGCUAGUAUAAUUGGCAUCAACGAAUCAUUGUACCAAAUUUACUGUUAAUAAAUCCCUGUUUUUUGCAUC